AGUCUGAAUGUGGGUUCAUCUUCUCAGGACCCACUGAACGACUCAGCAGUAGCUGUGCUGAAGACGUGUGACAAGAACAGUCUAAUCCACCAAAUCUGGGAGGACUACGUUACCGACGUGGACAGAGAAGAGUCCGCUGCAAGAGGCAAGACACAAGAUCGCAAAAAAGGCAAAUCGGCUUCUUUUCUUACUGUAUCGACUAUGUACAGGGAGUCACUUGCCAGCCUCAUGUCUAUGCUUCACACUACUCAUCCACAUUUUAUCAGGUUAUUC